AUGACGAACAUAACGCAACCUGGGAGGAAGCGGAGUCCACGCCGAGAGUCUACGAAGAAGGCAUGGACACCUGCGUCUAAUAAGUCGCCCCUCCAACGUCCUCACGGCCCUACGCAAUCUGCCACCCACGCUGAGAUAAAGGAUUGCGCAGUCCGAAGCCGAUCAUACGCACGUGCCAAGUCCUGCAGACGACCAAGUAACCACCACACCCACGAACCUCUCAAAGCCGCUCUCCUGCGAAAGAGAAGGCACUUGUUGGGGAAUACCAGGAAUGGCCCAUUCAGAGCUUUCUCAAAUGCGCAAGGAUUGGAAAUGGAACAAUAUACAAUCUCGAGAUCAACCUACCACAAAUCCCGGAGCGCCUUACCCUCUCCUUUCCCCGUCACAGGUCAGGCAUUAGUUCGGGUAAGAAAGUGUCGACAGACGCUGUGCACCCUCACCAGGCCGUCGCACAUUCCAAGACCUAUGCCGAAACUUUCAGGUCAUGGCAACGCCAACGGACAGCACCAGCAGAGUGCUGAGACGCCCAGAAACGAGCGACGGAACCCUCCUGAGGCCUAG